AUGAGCCUGCCCGCCAUCCUCCGGAACCCACGUUUGCGUCAUUUGCAACAGCCUCCUCGGCAGCGGCUGAGCCCCAGCGCGGGGCCGGGUGUGGCCAACAAUGACCCGCGUGUGGGCAAGCGGCGGAUGCGGCGCACCGAAAACAGCCGCUUCGCUUCAAACCCACACACGGUUCGCCCCACCGCUUCAGACUACGAGGUACGGCCCAACUCUGUGCGCUCUACCUUUGAAGUACAGCGCGAUGGGAAGUCGACCCGCUUGGAGAAGAUCACCGAGUCGUACGUGCCGGACUUUGCUUCGCCACAGCACGACUCGGCGGCGUUCGAAGUGAGCUCGGCAAUGAGCGGCCAGUUUACCAUCAGCCUGCGAGACGCCCAGCAGUUCUUGCGCGCGCGCCAGUCGACGCAGAACUCGGUCGAGUGCAUGACAAGGGCGAUGGAUGCCGUGUCCUUGUCGGCGCCGAGCACGCUGGGCGUGCCUACAAACCCUGGGACGUUUAUCGAGCAACUGAUCGCUACCGCCUCGCGCGAGAUCUCGACGUGGCUCCAGCAAACCGUGCACUUGCAGAAUAGCGAGGGAGGGGGGUCGCGUCGCGAGAUUCUCACGCGCCCUUCCUCGUCUGUGCGAGACAGCACGGCAAUCUUGGAGCUGCGCCGGACGCCUUCGCUCUUGGUCUGGCAUAUCGACGACGCAUACAACCGCCUGGCUGUACACUGUGUUGCACGUGUGCUCGACUGCCCCAGCUUCUCUCGCGCAGUGCUUUCUGGCGAGAGGGCGCCAGGCAGUGUCGAUCGGCAUACGUGGAUCCUGCACCCGAACCCGUUAGUGCGUGGUAAGCGCGCGCGUCGGGCCAUCGCGCAGCGGCCUGUGCACAACCGCACGAGCUCAACGAGCACGGCGGGAAGUGUCACGUCGUCUGCAGUGGGUCCCGAUCCGGACGCGCUCCCGCUUACGGCGGGUAUCUUGCAGCAUUCCGUUGGUGGGCUGAACACGCCUCCCGUGACGGACUAUGAGUACACCUCGACCGAGGAGUUUACAGAGAGCGACCGUGGCGAGACCGCCUCAGACGUCGAUCCGUAA